UUGAACGCAGCAGCUCGACAAGGCAGCCGAAUCCGCAUUAGCGUGUACACUUCCGAGUGGUGGAUUAUCUAGUGUCACAUGGCGAUUGCACUUUCAAAGAGAAGAGAUCUUCCCUCCGUCAUCGGCCAAAGCACCAACAUGGAAAACGGUAUUUCCAAAACCGGAGACGCUAAACUGGACCAAGCUGUCAACCAAUGGCUGCAAUAUGACAAGAAUCCAAAGACAGUGUCUGCAGUGGAGAAGCUGCUAAAAGAUGGCGCCGUCGAGACGCUAAAGAAAUAUUUCUCAUCCAGGAUGGAGUUUGGUACGGCAGGUCUUAGGGCAGCCAUGGGCCCCGGCAUUGCUUGUAUGAAUGACCUCACUAUCAUCCAGACUACACAGGGCUUCUGUCGCUACCUGGAGGAAAAUUUUGAGAACUUCAAGGAGCGAGGAGUGGUGAUCGGCUAUGAUCACCGAGCCCACCCUCCCAGCGGGGGCAGCAGCAAGCAGUUUGCCCGACUGGCUGCAGCUGUGUUCAUCAGCCAAGGGGUUCCUGUGCACCUCUUCUCUGUCAUCACGCCUACUCCCUUUGUGCCUUUCACAGUUUCACACCUCGAUCUAUGUGCUGGUAUUAUGGUGACUGCCUCACACAACCCCAAACAAGACAAUGGCUACAAGGUGUACUGGGACAACGGUGCCCAGAUUGUGUCCCCUCAUGACAAAGGCAUCGCCAAAGCCAUCGAGGAAAAUCUGGAACCUUGGUCAGAGUCCUGGAAUACGGAGAGCGCCCUGAAGAGCCCCUUGCUCAAAGACCCCUAUCAGGACAUCCACAUAAACUACUUCAAGGCCAUUCAGAAACACUGCCUUCACAGGGAAUUAAACAAGACUUCUGAGGUGAAAAUUGUACAUACAUCAGUGCACGGCGUUGGCCACACCUUUGUGCAGUCAGCUUUCAAGGCCUUUGACCUUCACCCACCUUACGCGGUGGAGGAACAGAAAGACCCGGACCCAGAGUUCCCCACUGUGAAAUACCCCAAUCCAGAGGAGGGGGAGGGAGUUCUGACCCUCUCCUUUUCUUUGGCUGAGACGGAACGGGCCACUGUGGUGUUGGCCAAUGACCCGGAUGCUGAUCGGCUGGCUGUUGCUGAAAGGCAGGAAAGUGGACAGUGGCGAGUGUUCAGCGGUAAUGAGCUGGGAGCGUUACUGGGCUGGUGGAUGUUCCACUGUUGGAAAGAGCAAAUCCCCGAUGCUGGUGCUGUGAAAAACGUCUACAUGUUGGCCAGCACCGUUUCAUCCAAGAUUCUGCGUGCCAUCGCUCUCAAGGAAGGCUUUCACUUUGAGGAAACACUGACAGGGUUCAAAUGGAUGGGAAACAGAGCCCGAGACCUUUUGGAUCGAGGCAAGACUGUUCUGUUUGCCUUUGAGGAGGCCAUCGGGUACAUGUGCAGUGCCUCAGUGUUGGACAAAGACGGAGUGAGCGCAGCUGCGAUAGCAGGAGAGAUGGUUUCCUACCUGGCUGCUAAACAGAAGAGUCUUUCUCAGCAACUCACAGCCAUCUAUGAAGAGUAUGGUUACCACCUCAGUAAGAACUCCUACUUCAUAUGCCAUGACCAAGCUGUGAUCCGCAGCUUGUUUGAGCGCUUGCGCAAUUUCGGAAGCGGCGGCAAGGACUCCUACCCGAGUAAAUGUGGUCCCUUCUCUAUCACUGCUGUCCGCGACUUGACCACCGGCUACGACAGCAACCAGCCUGAUAACAAGGCUAUUCUUCCCACCUCCCGUUCCAGUCAGAUGAUCACAUUCACUUUCUCCAACGGGGGCGUGGCCACCAUGAGAACCAGCGGCACCGAACCCAAAAUCAAAUAUUACACCGAGCUGUGUGCAGCCCCUGGUAACAGUGAUUUGGAGCACCUGAAGAAGGAACUGGACCAGCUAGUUGAGGCCAUCAUUGAAAACUUCUUUGAGCCACAGAAGAACAAACUGCAACCAAAGCCAGAAUAGAACUGAUGUGUUCAAUCACAUAAUGUUAUUAUGUCUGUCUUGAUUACAAAUUUGGUGUCACACAGACCAGAGGACCAGAAGCGACUAGAACAACAUUCCUUAUGGCUUGAAUCACACCAAAAGCUACAUUAACUUUAAAAGAUUUUUAAGUAGGUCAUUUUUUAACAGACUUAGUAUUCUUUAUGUUCUUAAUUUAAAUGGGCUCUGGAGCUUUUUGGUCGGUUGUUCAACUGUCUUGAUGCACACCGUACAUUUUCAGCUGUUACGAUGUGUCGUGAAGUUAUUGAGUCUUCUUUCACAUGAACAGAUAGCCUUUCCUGUUUUCUCUGUGUACUGUGGUAAUAAACAUAUUUUAUUCCGUUGAUCCUGA